AUGAGAACUCACUCUGGCGAAAAGCAAUAUUCCUGUGAAGUUUGUUCUAAAGAAUUUUCUCACCAAUCAAACCUGAAAGUGCACUUAAGAGCCCAUAGUGGGGAAAAGCCAUUUUCCUGUGAAGUUUGUUCUAAAGAAUUUUCUCACAUAGCAAACCUGAGAUCCUGUGAAGUUUGUUCUAAAGAAUUUUCUUACCUAUCAAACCUGAAAGUGCACUUAAGAACCCAUAGCGGGGAAAAACCACAUCCCUGUGCAGUAUGUUCUAAAGCAUUUUCUCAACUAGCAAACUUGAAAAAACACUUGAGAACCCAUAGUGGGGAAAAACCGUUUUCUUGUGAAAUAUGUUCUACAGAAUUUUCUGACGGAUCUAAAAUGAAAGAGCACUUGAAAACCCACACUGGUGAAAAGCCAUUUUCAUGUGAAGUGUGUUCCAAGACAUUUUCUCGUCCUACAAAUCUGAAAGAACAUCUGAGAACCCACUCUGGCGAGAAGCCAUUUUCAUGUGAAGUUUGUUCUAAAGAAUUUUCUCAGCUAUCAAACCUGAAAGUGCACAUGAGAACUCACUCUGGCGAAAAGCAAUAUUCCUGUGAAGUUUGUUCUAAAGAAUUUUUUCACCAAUCAAACCUGAAAGUGCACUUAAGAGCCCAUAGUGGGGAAAAGCCAUUUUCCUGUGAAGUUUGUUCUAAAGAAUUUUCUCACAUAGCAAACCUGAAAGUGCACAUGAGAACUCACUCUGGCGAAAAGCAAUAUUCCUGUGAAGUUUGUUCUAAAGUAUUUUCUCAACUAGCAAACCUCAAAGUAUACUUGAGAACCCGUGGCGGGGAAAAGCCAUUUUCCUGUGACGUAUGUUCUGAAUAAUUUUCUGUCCUAGCAAACCUGACAGUGCACUAAAGAACCCAUAGCGGAGAAAAACCAUAUUCCCGUGAAGUAUGUUCUAAAAAAAUUUCUGACGGAUCAAACCUAAAAGUGCACUUGAGGCUCUUUUUGGCAAAAAGCUGCACUGGAAAAUCCAGUGUUACCAUAACGGACUCGUGUAUACCAAAAAAUUGUCGUAACUGUCAACUCUUGGAAACGGUUUCUUGUAAAAAAAACUGUUUCUGUGAUGUUUGUUCUAAAGACCUUCAUGCUUUAAGAACCCUAAUUUAAAAAAAAAAAAAAAACGUUAAGAGUCAACACUGGUUUUAAACCAGGGAACCACUGGAAAUUUGUUUUAGGAGUUUUCUCAAUAAGUGCUUUUGAAAACCCACUAACGAUUCUAUGCUGUAGUGGAACUCUUGUUCUAAGUUGACCUUUAGCCGUAAAACAGGAAUCGAUGUCAGAAUUUUUCUGUAGUUGUAACUUUUACAAUGUACUUGGUAUUCAAUUAUCUGUAUUUUCAUAUUGUGUGAGAAAAAAAAAUAUUUAAAGUGAAAACUUUGUCAGAACUUCUUUUCUGUAGCUGAAACAUUUAGAAUGUAGCGGAGACCGGGGCUAG